AGCACACAGGAGCUUUGUGGUGAAGUACAGUAGUUCGCUGUCGUCCAGAUCAACAAGCCACUAUUUUGGAAGCAGUUUGAUAAACACUCACUGUUCCUCACUUGAUGUCAGUCAGUCGCUCUCUGCGCUUCCAGCGAGACGUUCAGCGAUAAACCAGCACUAAACUAGACCAGCCACACAGUCCUGAACCGAGACGGUUGGAUGACAUCGUCGGUUUAACUUUAAGACAACUAACUCGUUCUUCUAUCCAUUUUAACAGCAGCAGGUCUGACAGCUCCACAGACAGCGGUCUGCUCCUCUGAUUGGCUGAUCAACAUACAACCGAGCUAGCAACAACUCAGCCUUAAUCUGACAACUUGUCACCAGCGCCAGCGUUAGACAACUUAUAUAGAACAAUACUUGACUUAUUUUUUUAUGUCAAGCAAGUCUUCGUGUUGUUUUGUCAACAAGCAGUUGUUUUUCUCGACGAGCUUCAUAGAAAACAACGAUAUUUAAGCAUUGAAGCUAACACUUUGCUAAAUAAAGACGUUAGCUGUUGAAGAAGUGAGCAGCCAGCUAACAGCAAACCCUCACCGUCUCCUGAACAAUCAUUAAAGAAGAGGCUAGUUUGUGUGUUAACUCCUUGGUGCUGUAUUCAGGACAUUUCACUUUUAAACAGCCCGUCUGAUAGACUGCAGGAGGAACUGUUUAACCUCUCGCCUCUUAAAACAACAACAGAGCAGCAGCAGCAGCCAGCUGAGAGUCAGCAGGAGAGCAGUGGUAGCUGAGCUGAGCUGAGGAUCUGAGGCAGGUUGUGUACAGACACGGAUCCCUCAUCGGAUUGUUAUAUUAUCAGUGUUAUUGUUGAAAAUGGCGGCGAUCGGAAUGGUGCAGAUGUUGAUCGAAGCAGCCGAGUACCUUGAGCGCAGGGAACGAGAAGCUGAACACGGCUAUGCCUCCAUGCCACCUUUCAUCAGCAGCCAAGAGAGGGAGAGCUUGAAAAGGAAGAGCAAAAGCAAGAAAAACACAAGUAGCAGGUCUACGCACAAUGAAAUGGAAAAGAACAGACGGGCACAUCUACGGCUGUGUUUAGAGCGCUUGAAAUCCCUCGUUCCCUUAGGACCAGAUGCUAACAGGCACACCACCCUCAGCCUGCUGAUGAAGGCCAGAGAUCAUAUCAAGAGGUUGGAGGAGAGCGAUAGGAGAGCUCAGCACACCGUCGAGCAGCUACAGCGGGAGCGAAGACACCUGAGGAGGCGUCUGGAGCAGCUGGGAGUGGAGAGGACCCGCAUGGACAGUACCGGCUCCACUAUGUCCGACAAGUCCGACUCUGACCAAGAGGACCUGGAUGUGGACGUGGAGGGGACAGACUACCUGCUGGGUGACCUGGAGUGGAGCACCAGCAGCGUGAGCGACUCAGGGGACGAGCGAGGCAGCCUGCGCAGCAGCUGCAGCGACGAGGGCUACUCCAGCGCCAGCCUGCUGCUCCUGCAGGACACUCAGGAGAGGGCCAAGCAGCUGGGCUGCAGCCUAUAGAUGCCACUGGUCACUGACCCAACUCCCAACUCCUCCCCCUCAGCCAAUCCCGUCCCCAAGAUUGCCUCACCACUCCCCAAUCCCGCUCAGACCUCACCCUCUUCCCUCUUCCCUCCCCCCUCCCUCCCUCCCUACCAGGACUUGACCAAGUCUGAGGCCUCUCCUCCAGCCAGGCCUGUCCCCAAGACGACUUCCAUCCAGACUGCAACACCUCCGAGACAAACCCGCCACAACAUCCAGCCCAUCAUCAGCGGUCAGUCUUUACGGUGUCACCCCGCUCUGCUCUGCACCAAUCAAACGAGUGGGAUUUUAAAGACACUCCACCCCUCCGUCUCUCCGUCCAUCCAUCAGAAACACAACUUUCAGCCAGAGAAUGUUACCACACAAUAUCCCACUGCCUCUUUUUCUAUGCCUCAAGAGCCAUGGGAAGCACUUCUGAGAUUUCACCCCAUACGUCACACAUAUUUAGACACACACAAACACACACACACACACACACACACACACACACACACACACACACACACACACACACACCCACACCCCUCCAUCACUCCUAGUUGUCCAGUGAGACAUCCCAAAGGUGUGACAUGAUGUGGGGCUUUUUUUCCGCCCUGCUCUCCAGUCGACCACCUGUGCAUGGUAUUUUGCACUUAACAGUUGCUUUUGUAAACAAAACUGUUACAUCUUUUUUCAAAUGCUGUCUCUGAAAAACGUAAAGCCCCCACCCGCCCCACCCCCCUCCCCCAUUACAGCUGUUACAGUAAUGUUACAAAAUGAUACGAGUGUUUGAAAAACAUGCCAGUGGUCUGAGUCUGGGGAUACUAAAGUAGACUGCGUGUGGUGAUAAAAUGUCGUGGCCCGACAGCAAUACGUCCCCUAAUCCCCCAGGCAUCGGCAGGCUCCUAACUACCCUGUCAUUUUCUGUCCACACCUGCCGUUUAGAGGAAAACAAAAACAAACACAAAAAAAAUCGUGCAGCAUGAGAUUGUGAAGGGGCCCGGGGGAUAUACGGGAGGGUUUUUGGGGGGGUGGGUUUGAUGUUUUCUGCCUCUCUCUGAUGACUGUGGCGUUUUUAACAGCAUACUUUUAUCAUAAAUGUGUGUAUGUCACGUCCGAGCCCGGCGACGACGGGGGUCAACUAGCCGGCUCGGAAAACGUUUUAACACCAGCCACCAGGGCCGAAUGCUGGUAUAUCUUGGCAGGUGCUGGUACAUUUUUGUACACUACUUCUUCUUCACUGCCCCGUUCACCAGGUAUUAAUAGGAAGGGAAGAGCCUAUCUACUGAGAGCAGUCGAGAGACUGGAGCACAUUCCAUUAUGUAGAGAGGACAGGCAGGUAAGAUUGAGAGCAUUAUUUUUUUUUGCGAGUGGAUGUUCCUGCCAAUUAUUUAUGAAGAGGGAGUUCAGUUUGAGACGAGCCGAGUCGCCCUGACGCAGAGCGACCGGCUUUGACUUUUCAGUGGGAACACGCCGAGAAAAUGUGUUCACAUCUGAAAAGCACUAAAACGUUAAAAAGCCACAGAUUUUCCCUCCUUUGCCUUGCCUUCAUAUAGCUAUUUAUUGUUUGUGCAGAAAUGUUAAUGUAAAUAGUUUACAGAAAGAUCUCUAUGUCUAUCAACAAAUGUAUUUAUUAGAUAUACUAAAUAUAUAGAUGAAUAUAUAGAAAUAUAUUUAAUUAGUCAUAGCCUAUGUUCUUCUUGUGUGGUUUAUUGAGAGUUUCCUACGUGUAGUUUGUUUGCACAGCCUAGUCAACCCAUAUUUAGAGAUGUCUCUUGUGCCUCGAGGCUUUUGUGUCUGUUCAGAAUUUCGGCACUGUGCUCCAAGAAAAAUGAAAAUGUUUUCUCUGUGGUUGAUCAUAAUUUUUUAGCUGUUUUCAAAGCCAUCUAACGGGAAAAUGAAAGGACAAAAAAAAUCUGAAUAAUUUCUAAAAAAUUAGAAUUAAAAAGUAUAAAAGUGAGAGGAGCCGGUGGCCAGGUUGAGCGGUGGCGACGAUUCCUCUGGCAAAGCUACUGUUCGCCCAUCUCCGUGCCUGAGAACCUCAAACAAAAAUGGCUGCUCCACCUCUUGAGAAUUUUCUUUGGGUUCAGAAUCAUCACGGGCGGGGAGAGGAUCGCAGCUUUUCAGAAUGUAGAUGUUUCCUCAACCCUGCAAUGCAGCGGCACAGUGCCAAAGGAACCUCCCCGCUGCUGCUCAUCCACCGCUUGCAAAUCUCAGUUAAAGCAUGAAAAUGAAUCGGAAAAAAUAGAUAUAGGAUUGUUUAGUGUUUGAGUGUGGAAUGCUGCUGCUUUUUUUUUGUCAAAUUGAAACCUUUUCAAAAUCGAGGAGGAACUGUGUAGCCACGUUUCUAAGGGGGACUGACUAAAGGGGACAUGUAAUACAAAUGAGGUGUGAGUGGGCAGUUGUGUUCACUGAAAUGCCAUCUGUCGGUGUGCGCAUGUGUAUACAGUAUGUAAGUGUGUGUGUGUGUGUGUGUGUGUGUUUCGUCACUGUCUUCAGAGAGAAAUUUUUGGGGUGGUAGAGGGUGGGUGGUUUAAAAAAAAAAGAUGUAAGGCUAAGUUUCUGUUCUUUUGUUUACUAGUAAAAUGCAAAAAAAAAAAGUCCACUUGACAAAGACUUCAUGUAUUAACCUAAGCAUUAAUGUCUGUCUACGGGAGUCUCGUGUUUCUUCCUUUUUUCCAUCCAUG